UCAAAAGGUACGCUUUCGUUCAUAGUAUUCUGAUUCGAAGCUUUCCAAGGUAUCAGAAAAGAAAUUGAUUCGACCUGUCGGGGCCGUGGGAUUUUGAGGUUGCAAAAAGUUAAGUUAGGGUUUAGGUUUUAUGCUGAGAAAUCGAUGAUUAAGGUUGUUUUUUGGGGAUCAAGAUCGGACUUUUUACUCCAGGGUCAUGUGAGUCUUGUUUGCUGGAUUUAUUGAUUAGAUUUUUUACCAGAAAUGUUGCGUUGAUCAGGUUGUUGGUUUUUUUAAAAGAUUUAGAUCGAUUUGAGAUUAAAAAAAGAAUUCCUUUUGAACUUAUUCUAGGGUUUCUGAUGCAAAAAAAAAAAAAAAAAAUCAUCGUUUUUCCGAGGUUGCUGCGCUUUAUUUGCUUUCUGAGAUCAAAGAUUUGUUUUUUCUUAUGCUACGGUUUUUCUUGCGAACAGACGCGACUAUCGCGGGUUCAUUUGGCUGAUUUGAUGCGAAGAUUCGGAGAUUAGACUUUCAAUCUGGUUCUUUUUUUUCCUAAGGAUUGUAGCGUUCUGGAACAAUGAACAGGAGAAGAAAGGAAGGCAAGUUCCAGCCGUAGAUAUAAGGAGAAACUAGAGCUUAAGAGAAGUUUUCUUCCAGUAUUGCAUGUGCAAAGAGGAAGUUACCCUUCCAGAAAAUAGCAUCAUCGAGAUUAUAGAGAUGAAGUCUGAAAUGGUAAAUGGUGCGACAGACUUUCUGUCUCCCAAAGUCUCCUCCUCGGAGAAAGAAAGUGUUUUAAAAGGUAAUGAUAUGGGGGAUGGAAAAAUGGGUUCUGGAAUUAAGGUGGAGACAGAGAAAAAUGGUGUAGUUUUAGUUUCUCGCCAAGCUCCCUUCUUGGAGAGAGGUGGCGAUUCAAAAGGUGAAGAUGGUGGGCCCCUCAAACUUGGCAACGGAAAAGACUUUGGUCCAGUGACCCCGUUCAUGGAUAGGGAAAUAGUAGAGAUUUCAUCGUCCUCUGAUCAGACUGAGCAGGAGGAUGCUGUUCUAGGCUGCCAGACUCCGACAGAAAGCAUAUUUGAUCCAUUUGCUCCAGGCCCAGAGGACUUGAUGCUUGCACCAAAGAAGAAGAUGACGAGGGAAAGUAAAAUCCCUCUUCGCCGGCAGCUAAACUUUGACUCCUGCAGCGACUCCAUGGAGAAUGUAGAUGCCAAUGCCUCUGAAGAUGCUGCCCAGGAAGAACGCCUCUUGGAAUUGAUCUAUAAGUCAUUUUUUGAUCUGAUUGUUUCAAGCGAGGUCAAGGAGAUCUCUGCUGAGAGAUUGCCAGUUGAAUCUAAUCCUUCUGAAGGUUCCAAGACACCCACUUUUUUGCCUCUUCUAACGGGUGUUGCAGAGACAUGUCCAGCUGCACCUAUGAGGCCACAUGCUUCAAAGGCAAGGAGGCUGAGUCCAGACAUAUGUCGAAAGCUGGAUUUUGGGGCUAACUUGAAUUAAACUGUAGCCUUUCUCAUGGAAGCCAUAGACGGUGGAUGGCAAGAAGGAUUUCUUUUGUGGAGUUCGUUUUGCUAUUAAUGUGAAAACCUUGUUUUGGAUACCAGAUAUUAUUUCCUCUUGAAAUUAAGUGUCAGAUCAGUGUAGUCAGAGUGUUGCCAUACCCAGUCCAUUGCAGCAGUGCUAUGAUCAGAGGGGUGUGGUUUCAUGGCUGAUGCUUUCGAUAUAUCUGCUUUGGAGUAUUAACAUUUAACAUAAUCUGUGUUUAACCAGGAGUAACAUGUCCAUGAUUGUAUCCAUAGCAUUGAUAUUGCUGACUUUAACCAGGAUUUGAGGUCAUAGAUGUUGUGUAAUGUGUAGCUGAAAUUAUAAUUGUCUUUUGCUUUCCCCUAUGAAACAUCCAAAAAUGUUACAACU